GCCGCCACGCGCACGGUACCGCCCCGCCCACGACGGACGCCCCGGGCCGUGACGUCACUGGCCGCCGACGGCGCGCCUUGGUGACGCAGCCCGGGUCUCAGGGAAGAUGGCGGCGCUGGUGAGACCCGCGAGGUUUGUCGAGCGGCCGCUGCUGCAGGUGGUGCAGGCUUGGGACCUUGACGCGAGGCGCUGGGUCCGGGCGCUGCGGCGGAGCCCAGUGAAAGUGGUGUUUCCUUCCGGAGAGGUGGUGGAACGGAAGCGCGCUCCCGGGAAGCAGCCCCGCAAGGCAGCAUCUGAGGCCGGUGCCCAGGAGCAACGAGAGAAAUCACCGCUUGAGGAGUCCCCAUCCCACGCUCCCAGCACCUGGGAAGAGUCUGGGCUUCGCUACGAUAAAGCUUAUCCCGGGGACAGGAGGCUGAGCAGUGUAAUGACAAUAGUAAAGUCCAGGCCGUUUCGGGAAAAACAAGGGAAGAUCCUCCUGGAAGGUCGCAGGCUCAUUACAGACGCUCUCAAAGCUGGAGCUGUGCCAAAAAUGUUCUUCUUUAGCCGUCUGGAAUACCUAAAGGAGCUGCCAGUCGAUAAGCUGAAAGGUGUCAGCCUCAUUAAGGUGAAAUUUGAGGAUAUCAAGGAUUGGUCCGACCUCGUAACACCACAAGGAAUAAUGGGGAUUUUUGCCAAGCCGGACCAUGUUAAGAUGGCAUAUCCAAAGACUCAGCUCCAGCAUUCACUGCCUUUAUCACUGAUUUGUGACAAUCUCCGUGACCCUGGGAACCUGGGGACAAUUCUGAGAUCCGCAGCUGGGGCGGGCUGUAGCAAAGUGUUACUCACCAAAGGCUGUGUGGAUCCCUGGGAGCCCAAAGUGCUCCGGGCGGGUAUGGGCGCACAUUUCCAGGUGCCCAUUAUCAAUAAUCUAGAGUGGGAAACCGUGCCCAAUUACCUGCCCCCUGACACCCGGGUCUAUGUGGCUGACAACUGUGGCCUUUAUGCCCAGGCUCAGAUGUCUAAUAAAGCCAGUGACCAUGGCUGGGUGUCGAACCAACGGUUGCUGAAGUUUCAGAAGUAUGAAGAAGAGGAAGAUGUAGAAACGGGAACCAGUCAAGAUUGGCUGCCCGAUGUUGAGGUUCAGAGUUACGACUCGGACUGGACAGAGGCGCCGGCAGCUGUGGUGAUUGGCGGGGAGACCGACGGCGUGAGCCUGGAGUCCCUGCAGCUGGCCGAGAGCACUGGUGGCAAGAGGCUGCUGAUCCCCGUUGUGCCUGGUGUGGACAGCCUCAACUCGGCCAUGGCGGCAAGCAUCCUGCUUUUCGAAGGGAAAAGACAGCUGCGGGGGAGGGCGGAGCACUUGAGCAGGGACAGGAGUUACCACUGAGAAGGACGCAGAAGUGACUCCUGCUUCAGGACGUCUCCAGCUCCUCCUACACCAGCACACGGGUUGGAGGCUGGCAGAGUCAGUGACUAUGGCCCCCAUGUUCAGGGGGCAGGUGUGAUGCGUCACACGGUUACGGGAAAAAUAAGAACUUCCUCAGAAAGAACAGGUCCAAAUUCUUCCCAUUGCGUCACUGAUUUCAAGGUUCUAUCUUUUUUCUCUUGGUGACCCACGUGGCUCUGGGUGUUUUUAAAAAUUGUCCACCAGGAGCACUUCGUGCCCAGAAAGUUCCUGAAGCAUCAACCUGGGCAGGGAGGCGUCCGCUCCGCCAGCUGGUGGGUGUUUGCGAUCGUCAAGCACCAGUUACAGGUCACAGCCACGUCACUCACAGAUGAUUGUUGGUCGGUGGAAAAUAAACUAUGAGCAGCGGAUUACGUUAAA